UGUAAAACAAUGUUGAGUUCCUACCAAAGUUUUGCGCGGUAUCAGCUGCUUCUGCUGCUGUCAGUUGUAUUGAUUUACCUUCUAUCGACAUCCCCUGGCAGCUUGGAACCUCAGAAAAUAGAGCCGCUAAAGGAGCCUCCGCCGGCCGAUCGCCUGGUGGUUCUCGUGAGAGAUGGCCUAUCCGCUCAGACUUUCCUAGCCAACCGAUGCCGGAACGUGCCACUGCUGCGGGAACUCUUUCUGCAUCAGGGUUUGGUGGGGAUUAGCCGUCCGGAGACCACCACCUACCACCCGAUGUCCCCGUACAUCUCCCUGUUUUCCGGGUUCAAUGAGGAUGCGGCCAUAGUGGCUCGUGGCUGGCUGCGAAAUCCAGACCCCCCUGACUCAAUAUUCAAUCGAUGUAAUCACAGUUUUGCGUGGACCUCAUCGGAGGUUAUAACGCGCUUUCCCAAAAUCAAAAGACCUGUGGCAAUGAACUUUGAAAACUUUGCUUCGGACGUAACCAAAUCCUGCUCCGAAAUGGAAGAAUCCGUAUGUCGGUCUGUUGACAGAUUUCUACGUGGGGCAUCCCGACAAUUGCUGAAUUCCACGGGAGUCAUAUUCUUUGUCCACAUGACCGGUGUGGAACCAUCCUGCGAAAGCCUUCAACUGAUUCAAGAAAAUGUGUGGAACCUGUAUCAGCGCUUUGAAAAGUCGUUUCCCGACCAAAGAACGGCUUACUUAUUCACUUCCAAUCUUGGCGACCCACAAACUGAAAGUGAAUGCAGCCUGGCAGUUGAAUCUCCUUUCUUCCUUUGGGGUUCAGGAGUGGCUCAUGUAAAAUCCAUGCCAGGACGCAGCUUUGUGGCCAACGACUCGGGUUAUAGGCUGCCCCUGCAUGUCCUCACCCCGCAUCUCACAGCACUUAUGAGUGCCUUGCUGGGAUUGCCACCUCCAGUUCACAGUCGCGGAAUGUUACCGCAAGGAAUGCUCAACACCAGUAAGCGUUAUGAGGCCAAUGCCAUGCUGACCAAUGCCAAGCAGCUCCUGGCCCAAGCUCGCCGUUUAAGGGAGCUCCAUCCUAAAAGGAUGCCCGCCUUUUGGCUGGACUUUCAGAUGAUGGACAGCUUUUUAAAGGCUUCUGAAGGCCUCAAGAGACAACAUCGUUUCAAGGCUCUUCUGGAGUAUAGCUGCAACUUUAUGCCUGUGCUGGUCAAGGGAAUGGAUUACUUUAAGGACUACUAUCGCCAAGUCUUAGUCUGGGCAGUUAGCUUUGCUGGAAUAGGCUGGCUAUAUUGCCUACGCUGUCAUCUAACAGUCGGACGAAAGUGCAGAAACGACUUGGAAAUCCAGGGGCUAACCUCUUUUAAGUGGUUGGUGUUUAUCAGGGGAAUCCAUCGAUUGCUGACUGGAUUGCUGGUGAUAUAUAUGCUGCUCGAAAGGAUUCCCUGGUUGGUGCAAGCUAUCCUACUCAUGCCUUCGCUGUAUUGGAAGGUGACCAUAAAUGUUGUGGGCGAAAGGCCUAAGAUGGUGUGCCGGAAGAGUUUGAUUUCUUCAGCCUUACUAGCACUGAUCUGCUUGGGUGGCUUCUUCAGACGUUACAUCAUGGCAGUGGGCUACCUGGGAUUCGCUGGCUACACCAACAGAGAUGCCUUUCGGAAGCGCGGACUGCAGUUCUACCUGUGGCUACUUCUGCUCCUGGGACUCACCUGUAUAUCGGUACUUCCGGAAUCGUUGGGAUGCUCGCAGCCCAGAGCUCUGAUUCUCAGCAUCCUACUUACUCUUCUACGUCCUUUGGCUUGUGGGGUGUAUUUUAACCUAAUCACCUGGCUUAGCAACAUCGUAGUGCUCCUCGCGGCCCUAGAGUACAUCCUGGUGGGCUGGCAUCCCUGGGCCACGUAUAUGGCCUCCUGGAUCUAUCUGGGCUAUGUGGCCUUCUGGCAGCGACGCAAUCUUCAGGCCACCGAACUAGUGUUCUUCAACCUUAGCACGCUCUACACCCUCACCUGCACCUCUUAUGAACCGGUGGUCAUCCAAAUGCUGGCCAUGGAACUGCAACUGGGGCUGAGGAUGAAGCUGGAGAGGAACGAGGGAAUUGGACCCAAGACUGCCGCUCAUUACAUACUUGUGUACAGCUGGUACUCCCUUUUCGCCAUUGGCAGCUUCCCAGCCUUCGAUGACUUCCAGGAAAUCCUCCACGAAACCUGCUUUGGUUAUUUGCCACUGACCUAUGGUCUGGUUAUGGUAAUGAAAUUGCUGCUACCCUGGCUGCUGGUGCUCUGCAUCCUGGUGGGAAACUACAAGGACCUUGGUUCACACGAGCGCCAUAUUUUCGUGAGGCUGCUCUUCGUGAGCAGUGCCAUGUCGCUGGUUCUUCUGCAGCGGCUCACUGGCGUUGGACCCUGGAGAGAAAUCCUCAGCAGAUUCGCAGAGUUUGCGGUGGUUAUGGUUUUCCCACUCGUUUGGCUGCUGAUGUGGCGACUGGCGCAACUUAAAGUGGGCUCCAAGUGGAUGUCCCAGCUCUCCGGAAGAGUUACUAUUCGUUAA